GGGAUGCCCGCUAGGAUUUGUGUUGUCAUUGUUCGCACAAUCCGGGUCAAUGGUAUUCAUACUUGACGCACGCCGUCCGCCAAUAUGCCAUCUGCGCUGGCCAACGGAAGUGAUACCCAUGUCCUGCGCGCUCGUGCAUUGCGAGCUGCAGAACAGCUAGAUCGAUAUUUGCCGAGCCAAUCGAGUCAGGAAAAGUUGUCGUCGGCUCCUUCGAGCGGACUCUCAACGCCGGUUGCCGAUGAUGCGCCGCCUUCCGUACAGUCCAUAUCAUCCGCAAGGAAGCAAGUCCGUGCCCAGGCGAAGACACGAUUAUUCUACAAUAUUGACUAUCAGCCCCGUUUGUCGCACUUUGAUCCGAACUCUGACAACCAGAACUUUCGGGGCUUCUUUGUUCUGUUCUGGAUCAGCCUAGCUAUCAUGGUUAUCACGACGGUGUUGCGCAACGUGAAGGAUACGGGAUAUCCGCUGCGGAUGCAGGUUUGGCUGCUGUUUUCGGCCAAUGUCUUCCAACUGGCGCUCUGUGAUCUUGCUAUGGUCGUAAGCACUGGCGUGACUUUGCCGUUGCAUCGUGCCAUCAGCUCGAGCAAGGGGUGGCUCCGGUGGAAUCAAUAUGGGAUCGUCGUUCAGAGCUCUUUCCAGCUUGUCUGGUUGACCAUUUGGGUCGCGUUACCUUUCAUGUUGGAUUGGACGUGGACCGCCCAAGUUUACCUUACCCUGCAUACAUUGACGCUUUUGAUGAAAAUGCACUCAUAUGCCUUCUACAACGGCCAUUUGAGUGAGACCCAACGACGCCUUUCGUCGCUAGAUAAGCCAGACUCGGAUUCCCUGUCCGCAGCUAUCCGAUAUCCGAAGUCCCCCAUCCGAGCCGCCGAAGAGAACUCCGAGAUAGGGGUGUCAAACGACAAGCGAGACUGUAAGCAACCCGUAUCCAAACUUCGCUCAGACCUCGCGACGGAGCUCACCUCACCCCUUGGUCAUGUGACAUACCCGCAAAAUCUCACCUGGUGGAACUAUAUCGAUUUCCUAUUAUGCCCAACCCUCUGUUAUGAGUUAGAAUACCCACGGACCAAAAAAACGCAAUGGACAAGAGUCCUAGUAAAAGCGUUGGCUGUGUUUGGUUGUAUUUUCUUAUUGACCUUGACAACCGAAGAGUUCAUUGUGCCUGUCCUGAAUGACUCUGCAUAUCGACUACACCGAGCAGAUAGCUGGUGUGAGAAAAGUCUUGUCCUUGCUGAGACGAUCAGCAUGCUUCUGUUUCCCUUCAUGGUUACAUUCCUCCUCGUUUUUCUUGUGAUUUUCGAAUAUGUCUUAGGGGCAUUCGCCGAGAUAACACGGUUUGCGGACCGUCGAUUCUACUCCGACUGGUGGAAUUCCUGCGAUUGGUUGGAAUUUUCCCGGGAAUGGAACAUUCCCGUCCAUCACUUCCUUCGACGCCAUGUUUAUUUUUCCUCUUUGACGCGAUUUUCGAAUUCGGGAGCUAUGUUUAUAACAUUCCUUGUAAGCUCGAUUGGGCAUGAGUUAGUCAUGGGAUGCAUUACGAAGAAACUCCGCGGGUACGGGUUUCUUGCAAUGAUGCUCCAGCUGCCUAUUGUUGCAGCGCAGCGAUCAAAAUUCGUCAAGGGACGAAGGACAUUCAAUAAUGUCUGCUUUUGGAUCUCCAUGAUUCUCGGCCUAUCAAUGAUGUGUGCACUCUAUGUACUUGUAUAACAUAUGCUUUCAUAGUAUGGAUUGCUUUAGGAGAGGGACACGCUCUAUACCGCAGGUAACGCCUUUGGUUGAAAGCUGUGUUAUUUGCUUUUCGCAUUGGGACAGUGAUUGAUUUGGGUAAAUGAUAUAUAUAUAUAUAUUUAGGCUCAUUCUGCGACAUUUCUGAACUUGCUGGGUUCAUGCGACUGCAUUUGUUUGGUGCAUUUAUUUAGUAAUUAUGUACGAUGUUAG